UGUAAACUCUCCAAAAAACACUCAAAAGAAAAAUAUGACGUUUUUCCCAUAAAAAGGAAAAUUCAUCAAAAACCAAAAAGAAAAAAAUAUAAAAGGAAAAAAAUAGUCAAACAUGUCUGAGGAAUCCGAUUCUGAAUCACAGACAGAAACUAUUAAGUCCAAUGAACUGAAAAAACAAAAUGAUAUUUUAAAUCGUCGUGAGGCUCGUCGCCGAAAGAUUUUGGAAAAUGCAAAAACUAGACUUGGCAAAUUGAGUGGCGAAGAUGCAGCUGCUGGAGGUGGUGGAGUAUCUAUAGCCAAUAACAGAUGCAACAAUCAUUCCACAGAAACAUAUUCAGAUCCUGAAAUUGAUUAUCCUGAAUUUGUUAACAACUACAAUCCCACGUACACAACACAACAAACCAAUAACAUAAUACCAAACCAUGUGGACUGGAGCAACUCACCUCUGCUCAACAACCUAACCAAUAACAACAACAAUAACAACUUUAACCCUACCAAGCAACCACCAACCAAAUUUGAGAAAAUCUUAUCCACCCGAGUGCAUAUUGUUGCAGCAAGUCCAUUGACCUACUUGAUGUUGGUUCUCGGUCUCAGUGUACUCAUUCCACAUGUCCUUUUUCUUUUCAUGACACUAGAAUGUUUGGAACUGGUUAUAUUCCGCUUAGACAGACCUCUAAGUCCAAUUGAGAAUGUUAUUCUAAUGCUUUGUGGAAUCAAUAUGGCCAAAGCUAAGGUUUUGAUUAAAGUUGUGGGAUUGUUGAAUAAGCUGGUGUGUGAUUUGGGACUGUUUUUGUUUGUCUUUAUCAUGACUCAUGGACUUUAUAGCUGGCUAGUGGAGGAGACAGUCGAUGAAAUGUUUAAUUCUUUUUGAUAUAAAAAAUACAAAUUAUUAUUGAAUUGAA